CGGGGCGGGCGGGCCAUGGCGCGGGCGCGGGCGCGGGCGGCAGGCUCGCGGGGCCGGCCCGGGUGGUGCGGGCGGGGCGCGCUGCUGGUCUGCGUCGCGUGGACCGCGGGUUGGGUGCUGGCGGCCGCGCUGCUGCUCCGCGCGCACCCGGGCGUCCUCUCCGAGCGCUGCACCGACGAGAAGAGCCGGCGCAUCCUGGCCGCGCUGUGCCAGGACUACCGGGGCGGCGCACUCGGCGGAGACCUGUGCGAGGACCUGUGCGUGGCGGGGCAGCUACGGUACCGGCGCUGCCUGUACUACGAGCGGGGCAAGAAGGUGCUGCAGGCUGACUGGCGCGGCCGGCCUGUGGUCCUCAAGUCCAAGGAGGAAGCCUUCUCCAGCUUCCCGCCGCUCGGCCUCCUGGAAGGCCAGCCCGAGGCCGGCGGCCAGGGCUUCCCGGAGGCAGAGCUCCUCCUGCUGGCGGCCGGGGAGGUCAAGAGCGCGCUGGGCCUGGAGCUGGCCGAGGGCGGCCUGGGGCGGCUGGGCCUGGGGCGGCGGGGGCCCCGGCUGCGGGGUCAGCUGGCCAGCCUGUGGGCGCUGCUGCAGCAGGAGGAGUUCGUCCUGCUCAGCCUGCUGCGGGGCCGCAGCCCGCACGCACCGCCCGUGCUGGGCUCCUGCGGCCACUUCUACGCCGUGGAGCACCUGGCCGCGGGCAGCCCCCGCCUCCGGGCCCUCUUCCCCCUGGACGGCGCGGCCCGCGGCGGCCGGGCCCAGGCGCGCGCGCUCAGCGGCGUGGCGCUCAGCUUCCUGGACAUGGUCCGCCACUUCGAGCACGACUUCUCGCACCGCCUGCACCUCUGCGACGUCAAGCCCGAGAACUUUGCCAUCAGGAGCGACUUCACGGUGGUGGCUAUUGACGUGGACAUGGCCUUUUUUGAACCUAAAAUGAGGGAAAUUCUUGAGCAGAACUGCACGGGAGAUGAAGACUGCAAUUUCUUUGACUGUUUUUCAAAGUGUGAUUUGCGAGUGCACAGGUGUGGAGCCCAGAGAACCAACAGCAACCUGCAGGUCGUCUGCGACAAGAUCCUCCGCCACUGGUUCUCCUCGCCCCGCGGCAGCCCCGCCGUCUCGGCCCCGCUGCGGCGGCAGCUGCGGGCGGCGGUGCUCGAGUGCGCGGCCCCGGGGGCCCAGGGCGCGGCGCCCCGCGUGCUCGCGAAGCUGCGGCGCCUCCUCCAGGCCGCGCUGCGGGAGCUGCGAGAGGACGAGUAGCCGCGGCCCCACGCGGUGAGGGAGCGCGUCUGCGGCGCGGAUAAGGGCCUCGGGGACGCUUACUG